AUGUCGACAAUCAAAGAAUUAUACGAGGCUUCCCCCGGGCCAUUCGUUUCCCUGGAGUUUUUCCCACCUAAAACUCAGUCUGGGAAACAAAACUUGACAGCACGUAUGGGACGUAUGACAGCGUUGAAUCCGCUGUUUUUGACUGUUACUUGGGGUGCAGGGGGGACCACGGCUCAAAAGACACUAGAUUUGGCUGCUUUGGCUCAAAGAGAGCUUAACAUACCGGUUUGCAUGCAUUUGACAUGCACUAACACGAGCAAAGAGGUUAUUGACCAUGCCUUGAAAGAGGCUCACAAGGCCGAUAUUCGCAACAUUUUGGCACUCAGAGGUGACCCUCCAGUGGGCGAGGAUUGGGAAGAAGGUUCCAACUUCUCUGAUUUCCAACAUGCGGUGGAUCUCGUGCGCUACAUCAAAAGUGAAUACAAGGAUGACUUCUGCAUUGGAGUGGCUGCUUACCCCGAAGGCCAUUGCGAGGGAGAGGCCGAUGUUAUAGACCACAGUGCGGUCAGAGACUUGCCUUUUUUGAAGGAAAAGGUCGAAGCUGGAGCAGAUUUCGUCAUCACACAGUUGUUCUACGACGUUGAAAAGUUCCUGGACUUUGAAAGAUUAUUCCGUGACGAAGUAUCUGCCACGCUUCCUUUGUUUCCGGGACUCAUGCCCAUUAACUCUUACCAGUUGUUCAACAGAGCUUCGAAGCUGUCGCACGCUUCGAUUCCUUCGUCUAUCCUGGACCGCUUCCCCAGCGAGUCCCGUGGCGACGACAACAAAGUACGGGCCAUAGGUGUUGAUGUCAUCUCGGAAAUAGUGGACACCAUCUACACGAGAACCAACGGCAGGAUCAAGGGUUUGCAUUUCUACACGCUAAACUUGGAGAAAGCUGUGGCACAGAUCGUAACCAACUCGCAGUGUCUCUCGAAGAUUUUGGAAGAAGAUAAGGACGAAGACUUGGUGGAUGGGAUAGAGGAAAUAGCGUUAGAAGACUCGGAUAUCAGUGGAAAUGAUAACAUGAAGAAGAGAAGACGUCAAUCUUCUGUACACAACACCGACAGGACCUCAAAUCGAGUGCUGAUCGACGACCAGGACAAGAACAUCAUAGAGGGAAGAGAGCCAUCGGGUGCGCCUUCUAGAAAAGUGGUUCUCUCUAUUUCUCAGGGUUCUGGCAGUCUUGGUAGAGAUGCUACUUGGGAUGAAUUCACCAACGGUCGAUUUGGUGACUCUCGUUCGCCAGCUUUUGGUGAAAUUGAUGGAUAUGGCCCAUCGCUGAAAGUCAGCAGCCAAAAAGCCUAUAAAAUUUGGGGACAACCGCAGCGCUUCCAGGAUAUACAGUCACUAUUUGUUAGGUAUUUGGAGGGAGCCUUGGACGCGCUACCUUGGUCUGACCUUGGCAUAUCGUCCGAAACUGCAUUGAUCCAGGAAGAGUUGAUCCAGCUUAACGAACGUGGUUACCUCACAUUAGCAUCUCAGCCAGCUACCAACUCCACGCCCAGCACUGACAAGAUAUUCGGAUGGGGUCCACGGGGUGGCUACGUAUAUCAGAAGUCGUUUGUGGAGAUGUUUGUGCAUAAGCAACAGUGGGACAACGUAUUAAAACCAAAACUAGACCCAUCUUCACCCAAUGUAAGUUACUACGUUGGAGACUCUAGCGAGGCUUUUUACUCGAGUCUGGACACCAACUGCUCCAGUGUGGUGACCUGGGGUGUUUUCCCAAAUUCAGAAAUCUUGCAAACCACAAGAGUCGAGGAAGAGUCCUUCAAGGCCUGGAGGGAUGAAGCGUUCAGUAUAUGGCUAGAGUGGAGCAAACUGUUCCCUCGAGGAUCCGCGACAAACUCGCUUCUCAGACAGAUACACCGCGAUUAUUAUUUGGUGUCGAUUGUUCAUCACGACUUUAGUCAAUGCGACGCACUAUGGGACUUGCUGUUGGGUUAA